CUCUCGGCAGCUCCCCACGGCACCGAAGGAUGAUUUUUCAGAGACGGGGAUUUCUUUUCCUUGUUUGCUGCCUUUGAAAGCUGCCUGCGGAGAUGUGAGGCCAACACACACCCAGGGGCACCUCCAGGCAUUUUCCCUGCUGGAGAGGAGAGUGGAAUCAGAGCUGGCUUGGCUCAGAAACCUGCCCCAGGCUGCCAGGAAGGCUUCCUCCAGGGAAGAGACCUGCGAACUCCCUGCUCCGAGGAGGCUUUAUCCCCAGAUCCUGCUCUGCGCCCAUGGCGGGCAAAGCAGGGGAGCCUCACAUCCCCCUGGCCCUGCAGCGCUCCCGGCUGAAGGCCGAGGAGAAGACCCUGGAUUUUGAGUUUGAGGUGGUGAGUGCCCAGUUCAACCGGCGGGGCUGCUACGCCCUGCGGCUGACGGUGGAGAACCCGCUGCUGCAGGGCUCCGGCGCCGGCAUCCAGCUCCGCGUCAACGGCAGGAGCGCCGCCCGCAGCAGCACCGGCACCACCGACACCGUCGAGCAGAGCCACCUCAACCGGAUCUACUCCUUCCAGAGGAGGAAAUUCACCUUCACCCUGCCCAGAGGUUUCUGCAAGAAUGACAAGAACCACGAUGUGCGGCUCCACAUCGAGGCCUUGCGCUUCCCCGGGCGGGCAGGGAGACCGAGGAGGGGCAGGCGGGUGGGAGAAGCCUUCUUUGCCAUCUACCCCCGCCUCGACCAGCCCCGGCUGAAGCUCUCCGCCAGGAGGAACGAGGACUGGUACCGCUACAGCGCCGUGGUGGCUUUGCUCCGGGUGGGCAGCGAGCAGCCGGCCAUGCACUGCGGCCGCCUGGCUUUCACCGUGUCCCUGCACGAGCAUCGGGCACCCCCCGCGCCGGCUGCACCCCCACCGCGCCCCCCAAGCUCCCAGGAGGACCAGCAGGCAGCAGGCACGGCCCCAGCGUCCCCAGAUGUGACAAUCUCCCCCCGCUCCCCUCGCACACCGGAGUCCGCUUAUCACUCGCUGCCCGCCGAGGGCCACGCCCACUUCCCCGAGUCCCUCGUGCUCACAGAUAAAUUGCUGUCGGACCGGCAGGAUGCAGGGAUGACCUUGGCUAAGACCAGUGGAGGGGCUGAGCAGAAGCCGGAGGCGUCCCGUGCAUCCUCAGCGCCCACCCACGCACCCACCUGGGAGGAGGAGGUGAUGGUGGAAAUGGAUGCCGAGGAUGCAGCCUGGGCAGUGCUGACCCUCACUGUGGCAGACAAACCUACUAAGGAGGCACUGGGGACAUUCCAGCUGCCAGUCCGGCAUCUCCAGCCCUUCCAACCCCACCACUGCAGGCUGGUGCUGCCAAGGAGGCAGGACUCUGUGGGAGUGGUCCUGCACGUCACCAUCACCCGCAGAAAGAGCUUCAUCCCUCGCUGUGACGGACUGAGCUACGUGGCCUUGGAGGUGCUGCUUCGGGGACUGUCACCCCCCCUGACCUCCCCACCCAGGACCCUCAUUGCUGUGGCCAGAGUUGUGACCAAUGUCCAGGAGUACAAGCAUCGCAUGGAGAAGCAUCCCAUCCCUCAUCCUGGCAUCAGCCCCACCACCAUUCUGUUCCCAGACCCUCCAGCAGCCGCCUUUAGCAUCACCCGAGCCGCCAACCACGGCUGCCCUCAGAUAUCCCGACCAGCUGGUCCCCAGGAGCAGCCAUCCUGGAAUGCCUCCUUCCUCUUCCAAGGCCGAGAUGCUGCCACCAUCUUCUCCGAAGACACCGCUCUGACAAUUGAGUUUUAUCCAUAUAAAGCCGUGUGGGAUGCUCCAGGCACCCUCAUUCCUGUGGGAUACUCAGUGCUGCCCCUCACCAGCCGUGUUUUCCAGGAGCUGGCGGCGAGCAGCAGUGGAAUGCACGUGGAGGGCCUCGCCGUGGAGGUGAGAAAGGGACCGUGGGCAGAAAAAUCCUGGGAAAACCAGCUUUUCCUCAUGCUGCAGCCCCCCGGUAUCACCGCAGGUGCCCCAGCUGUGGCUCAGGCGGUGGUGGAGGAACAGGAGCUCCAUCAAGAUGACACAUCUCUCCCGGCAGUUGAUGCCAUGGCCAGUAUCCUGCCCGGAAAGCAGCCGCUCCCACAUGGAGAGCAGAGGUCCCAGGAGAUCUUUGGAGAUCGCCAGGAGCGGGAGGUGGACAGCUACCGCCUGGCGCUGAAGCGGAUGGCAGGGGACCUGCUGUCCCUGCGCCGGCAUGUCACCAGCCUGGAGGUGAAGAACGGGCACCUGCGGUGCAGCCUGGCCUCGCAGCAGGAGCUGGGCCACUCCCUGCUCCACGACGACGACGACCUGGACGCCAUGACCCGGGAGGAGCUGCUGGACAGGCUCGCCACCCUCAAGCACAAGCUGGUGGCCAGCACAGCAGAGAUGAGGAGACUGAAGGAUCGUGUCCAGCAGCUGCAGAAUGAGCUGAUCCGGAAAAAUGACCGGGAGAAGGAGCUGGUGCUGCUCCAGCGAGCCCACCGGCUGCAGCAAGCCAUGCUGAGGAGGUGCCAGGAUAAGGUGGCCAAGGCAAAGGGCUUGGUGGAGACAGUGCAGCAGCAGGAGAAGGUCAUCGAGGUGAUGGAGCGGGUGCUGCAGGAGAAACUCGCCGGGGCGGGCAGGAGCACGGAAAAGCCGGCAGGUGAAGCCCUCUCCGGGGAGGUGCACACCGCGCUGCUGGCCGAGAACCGCCGCCUGCGGGAGGAGCUGGCGAGGGCCGCCCACCCCGCAGCCCCCAUCGCCCCGCGGCCCCCAACCCUGCCGGGUGUUUUUGGGGGCACGGAGAAGCUGUCUCUGCUGGCCAGGCUGGAGGAGGCACAAGCCCGCGGGCGAGUGCUGGAGAGGCAGCUGGAGAAGGCAGCGAGGAAGUGGGGCCGGGAGAAGCAGGAGCUUGGAACUCGUCUGCUGGAGCAGGAGAAUGGCUUCCCCCACCCCUCGAACCUGACUGCAGUUUCCACGGCCCCCCGGAGAAGACCCCACACCCUGCCCCCCCUGCCCUAAGCAGCGGCCGCUGAGAGAGACGGAGAGAC